AUGAUUGGUACUAGAAAUUGUAAUGUUGAUGAAUAUGAACCAGGAAAAAGGAUAACGUGUACUAUUGUAACUGAUGCUAGUGAUAAUACAGACAGGAAUGAGACUAUUAGGAUAAGAGUGACCAGAUCCGGUGGUAAUGAGACCGCCAAUAGUACGGCUCGAUUCCAGUUCAUAACACCAGUCAUUAUAUCAGUCAGUCCUACAUUUGGUCCUGUCAGUGGUGGUACUAGAAUAAGAGUACAAGGUACUAACUUUGAUAUUGGUAAUACAGAAAUGACUAGAGUAAUACUGAGAGAAUCAUCAUCAAGAAAGAAGAGAAACACAUGUCCUGAUGUUAACUGUAAUAUCACGAAUAUUACUAAUACUGAGAUCAACUGUGAUACUGGUAGUAUUAAUGAUACUAACUGUGUGAGGAAUGUAAUAGUAUCAGUUGAUGGAGCUUCAUUCUCUAAUACUAGUAUAGGCUAUGAAUAUAGACCAGAUCCUAGAUUUGAUAGUAUCAGUCCUAUGAUCACAAUACCAGCUGGUGGCAUUCAACUAAUAUUCACUGGUGAUGACUUAAACUCAGUUCAAUCUCCUACUAUUACUAUCAAUGAUAGUAGACUGAUUCCUAGUAGUGUUGAGCCUUGUGUUGCUAAUGUUAAUGGUAUUUUGCUGAUAUGUAAUGCUCCUAACAUUACUAAUGUGGCCAACAGCAGUUACUAUGGAACAUCUAUUGAGUACAAGCUGAUGUUAAAUGGAGCAGAGUCACCUAAUUAUGACACAAAUGCAGGUCUGAGACUAACACUGCAAUGUAAUCCAAUAUUUACUGGUAUUGAUCCUGAGUCAAGAUCUAUAUUAGUUGAUGAUGUUAAUGACAUUACUAUUAAAGGAAUGAAUGUUGGAUCAGUUAGCCCAUCAGAGAUUAGUAUUACACUAGGAGACAAUGAUGAUGAUAUUUGUACUGUUAGAACAACUUCUAAUACUGAGAUUACCUGUAGGCCACCCAACAAGCCAUCAGGUACCAGAUUAGCACUGAGAGUUAGAGUGGGAAGGAAUCUAGUGUUUCCAUCCAAUGGUAUCACUGGCCCUGAAUGGACACUAGUAUAUACUAGCACUGGGUCUACUUCAAUUGAAGCCAUUGUUGGAGGAUCUAUAGCAGCUAGUGUCAUUAUUACACUAUUGAUUGUAGCAAUACCAUUGAUAAUUGUCAUUUUAAUUUUAAGAAAGAGGGCAAAAGACAGCAAAGAAAAGUAAGUUAAUACUAGAUUACAUAUUUAAGUUA